GAAAAGACUGAAUUUUGCAACUCGGACUCAUGCAUGCCACAUGAGAAGACACUAUCAAUCAGUCAUCUGGACCACGCGGUGCUGCGUGUGAUGUACAGCUCUGUGUCUGGAAUGAUCCUCUAUGGUAUGUUUUUGUACACCUAGCCUUUCACGCGUAUAGACCAUGAAGUGGCUCAUGUGCUCACUGUUCCACAGAAAGAGGGAUCGAGCAAGGCACCCUGAUCGAAUCGAUGGAUGUGGAUGUCACUCGUCGCUCCUUGGGAUGGCCGUGCAAGCCGUCUACACAGAAGACGCGUCUUCCUCAAUUGGUCAGGAAACGAGCUGAUAAGAAGAAAGGCACUUCAAUGUUGCGAGCACGGCUCCACAUAGUUGUUGAACUUCUUGCACUCCACGCGAUGGCCAUCAAACAACGGUCCAAGAGGAAGUGUUUGACUGACGGUACUCGUACCGCUAAAGUCGUCGCUCGUUCGAUUUCAUGCACUUUACCUGAGCUAGCAAGCCCGGAUGAUGUGGUCCCCCCGCUGUUCGACGCUGUCAUAGCGUUGGACACUUUUGCGAUGGUGAAUAUCGUCUCCUCUUGGAUCGCAACUAUCGUCCCCGAUACUGAAGGGCAGGUAGAAUUGAUGCUGUUAAUGUGGUCGUAUAUCUACAUCAUUCUCAGCGGCAGCCCAAUCACUCUUCGGCUACAGAGCUAAUAUUGACAACAAUACCUGCCAAUGCUGCUUCUUGAUGCUUCGGAAAGGGUUACGAUUGGUAUUGUCAUGCGCCGCUUCUUUUUCACCUGCAUCUAUCCGCUUGUCGUACUAUGCAUGUUUAUUAUGUUCCACCACUAAGAUACCUUUGCAGAUAGUGAUA